CUCAUCCGCCGUGCAUUUGCUGACACCAGCACCUUAGCAAGCAAGAGGCAGUCGAGGAUAGAUGGCAACACGCUGUUACCCAUCUUCCGCCCCCUCCGCGCCCUCUGCUCCCUCCGCUACGUGACCUGUAUGCAUUCAGGCUAAUAUCGUUGAUGCCUGAGGCAUCCAAAUCGGGGUCUCUCCUCACUUCGAGUCAAGCUCGAGUGACGCCGUUGCAUACAUACAUCGACAUCGACACCCACCGAUCACUCGACAUGUAGUCGCUGUAAGCGUUCCCUUGCGAUAAGAAAGAGCAGGAAGCGAAGCCGCGUCUCGCAUCCCUCCAUUGGCCGGACAUGGCUCCAUCAGGCUCCUCCAACGCCUUCACUCCCUACUUCCUCUUCCUCCUCCUCACGGCCACCACUGGCCCUCUCCUCUUCGGCUAUCACCUCGCCGAGCUCAAUGCUCCCUCGGAGGUCAUCACUUGCGCCAAAGACUCCAUCACCCUUGCCUCUGUAAAAGCGAGACUCGGAUGGGGAACGCAGGCCAGCCCACUUGGCGCUCUCCCACAAUGCAUUCCCAUGAAUGCCACCCAGUUCGGUCUGGUCUCCUCUUUCUUCACAUUAGGAGGCUUGAUCGGAGCAUUGGCAGCUGGCCCCCUCACCGCUAAGAACGGGCGAGUGAGAGGCAUGCUCUACGCUGCCCUUUGCGCGACCGUUGGCCCCGUCUUCGAGGCAUUGGCGCCCAAUGUCGGCACCAUGGCGGCCGGCCGCUUGAUUGCUGGCCUUGGUGCCGGUGGUGCAAUGGUCGUCGUGCCCAUAUACAUCUUCGACAUUGCCCCACCCGGCAGGAAGGGCUUCUUUGGCAGCUUCACGCAAGUCAUGGUCAACGUGGGAAUCCUCAUCACCCAAGUUCUCGGCUAUUUCUUGAGUCGCGGACAACUCUGGAGAAUCAUCCUAGCUGUCGGAGGCGUGAUUGCAUUGGCUCAGACGGCAGGCUUACUGCUAGGUGGACAGGAGAGUCCAAAGUAUCUCGCAGAUCAAGGAAAGCCGUCACGUGCGAAGGUGGUCUUGCAAAAGAUCCGCGGUGCGAAUGUCGACAUUGCCGAAGAAGUCGCUGCGUGGAGACAAGUCGAUAGCACCCUUCUGGACGAGGAGGAAACGCUCCUUGCUCACCCAGACGGCGCGCCAAACUCCUCAGACCAAACCGACACCUCCACCCCUCGUGUGCCCACUGCAGGAACAGCUCGAAAGACACUCAGCGUCUUCCAAGUCCUCCGCGAUCCUGAAACCCGGCCGGCCAUCCUGGCAAUCACAAUGGUCAUGAUGUGUCAACAAUUUACCGGCAUCAACAGCAUCGUCAUGUACGGCGUCAGCCUGCUCUCCUCCCUCCUCGAGUCCAACUCCGCCCUCCUCAACAUCUUCGUCUCCCUCCUCAACGUCAUCGUCACCAUCUCCGCCGCCCCGCUGGUGGAAAAGCUAGGCCGCAAAACCUGCCUCCUCAUGUCCAUCUCCGGCAUGGGCACCAUGAGCAUCCUGCUCGCCGUGGGCAUCAUGCGUUCCAUCCCCGCCCUCUCCGCCGUGGCCGUCGUCGUCUUCGUGUCGUCUUUCGGCUUCGGCCUCGGUCCUAUCCCAUUCAUCCUGCCCUCCGAAUUCGUCGCUUCCAAUGCCGUCGGCGCCGUGCAGUCUUGGGCGCUGGCCGUCAAUUGGAUCUCCACCUUUAUCGUUGCGCAGUUCUUCCCCAUCAUCAAUGAGCGCAUGGGCAAGGGCCAGGUGUACUUCAUCUUUGCCGCCAUGGCGCUGGUGUUUGGGCUGUUCAUCGCGUGGUAUGUGCCUGAGAGUAAGGAUAAGACCGAUCCGGAUGAGGUCUGGGGGCGGAAAAAGAACAGGCGAGAAGUGGAUUGAGCGGAUGGUCAACUGCCAGUUACAGUACGAUAUUCAUGAUGCAUGUUCCAAUGGCAGGCUGGCGCGUCUUUCAAAUCGAACC